AAGGAGGUUCUAAACUUUGCGCGUUCCAUCUUGACCAGACUUCGCCCUAAUAGCUCAUGUGAACAAAACACUCAGAUCUAAACCCUAGACCUCCCCAGUUCUCCUAAACCCUAAUUCUUCGUCCGGUUCGUUCGCAUGUAUUGUAGCUCAAAAUGUCUUCGUCGGAGAUCGAGGUUGUGUCAUUGGACGCAAAAGCCCAGCAUAACAGUAGCGAGAUGGCUGUGUACGACGUGUUUACCGCCUCCGCAUAUGGCGAUUUUGAGAAAUUGAGGAAGCUCGUCGAAGAAGACGGAGCCUCUCUCUGUCAACCCGAUUUGAAUGGGUAUUAUGCUCUCCAAUGGGCCGCUCUCAACAACUUCCCCGAUGUCGUGCAGUACAUCAUUGAGCAUGGGGGCGAUGUCAAUGAAACUGACAACAUGCAACAGACGGCUCUGCAUUGGGCGGCGGUUCGGGGAGCCAUUGGUGUUGCAGAUGUGCUCUUGCAGAAUGGAGCCAGGGUUGAGGCAGUUGAUGUCAAUGGGUAUAGGGCAGUUCAUGUUGCCGCUCAAUAUGGGCAGACAGCUUUCUUGAACCACAUUGUUGCAAAGUAUCAAGCUGAUUUUGAUGCACCUGAUAACGAGGGGAGGAGCCCUCUUCACUGGGCUGCAUAUAAAGGAUUUACAGAUACAGUUAGAUUGCUUCUAUUUAGAGAUGCAUGCCAAGGGAGACAAGAUAAAGAAGGUUGUACCCCUUUGCACUGGGCUGCAAUAAGAGGAAAUGUGGAGGCAUGCACUGUGCUUGUACAUGCUGGCACGAAACAGGAGCUAAUGGUGAAAGAUAAUGCUGGAUUUACUCCUGUUCAGCUUGCAUCUGAUAAAGGUCAUCGGCAUGUUGCAGGUUUCCUUUCUAAUGCACAGUGGGCUCACAGCAACCAUUGGGUAGACAAACUUUGCUGUGGAAAGAUGGCAGAUAUAGGAUAUGCUCCCAUUCUUUUCAGUAUUAUAAUAAUUCUCUUGGUUCUCUUCAUCAACACAGUUCUUGCAGCUCCUAACCUUACAAAGGUUACUGCUGUUGUCGGACUUUGGGGAUGGACUACUGUUUCUCUGGCAGUUGGUUCACUUAUUAUGUUCUACAGGUGUAGUAGUAAAGAUCCAGGUUAUGUAAAAAGGCAGGGAGAUGUGGGUAGUCAUAAAGAUACAGAGGGUCUUUUGUUGAAUAUUGAUCUGGAAGGUUCCCCUAUAUGGACCGGUAAUUGGUCUCAACUAUGCCCUACUUGCAAGAUAAUAAGACCGGUUCGAUCAAAGCAUUGCCCCACAUGUAAGCGAUGUGUGGAACAGUUUGACCAUCACUGCCCAUGGAUAUCUAAUUGUGUGGGAAAGAGGAACAAGCGGGACUUUUUUGUUUUUAUCUGCUUGGCAGCUUUGACAUCAUUCCUUGCUGCGGCAAUUGCCAUUCAAAGGAUUUGGACAUCAAUACCUGCCUUGCCAACGGAAGAAACAUGGAUUCAUCAUGUGGUAUUUCAGAAUCCUGGCGUUGUUGCAUUUUUGCUCAUGGACAUUAUUGUUUUGCUCGCCGCUACCAUCUUAACUACGUCACAGGCCUCGCAGAUAGCUCGAAAUAUCACCACCAAUGAACUAGCGAAUGCCAUUCGUUACGGAUAUCUCCGUGGUCCAGAUGGGCGAUUUCAUAAUCCGUAUAACCAUGGAUGCCAAAAGAAUUGUGCAGAUUUUCUUAUUCAGGGCUACACAGAUGAUAAUGAAAUUGCUUGGCGUCCAUUACAGCAGGUUGAUAGGUAAGAGUAAUUUCCACGAUGUGCAGGUUCACAGCAAAGCUUGGCGUCUGGUUUUCUCCCUACUGUCCUUCGUCCGCUAGCUGCAUACAUGUUCCGUCACAGGUCCCAUAAUUGUUACACAUAAACCCUUGAUCAUCUAGGGAUACAACAAUUCAAUUCAAUUCAUAGUUUCGCAUAUGUAUUAAUGUCUACUAUUAGAUAGAAAAGAAAAUUAAAGUUUUUU